UUCUAGGAAUGCUCGUUGGACCCGAUAUAAGAAAAUUAUUACAAGAUGAAGAAUUUUAUGGUCAUCUGUCGGAUAUGCAAAAGACAGCAUUUGACUUUAUGCAGCUGGUUAUAUCCGAAUUCCUUGGAAACUCAAAAGCACAAAACUAUGCAGAAAAUAUUGAAAGCAUGCUAAUCGGUUUUAACAAUAUUGGCGUUAAGAUGUCACUAAAGCUGCAUUUUCUGCACUCUCAUCUCAAGUUUUUUAAAGAAAACCUUGGAGCGGUUUCAGAUGAACGCGGUGAAAGGUUUCAUCAAGAUAUAAAGGUAUUGGAAGAAAGAUUCAAAGGGAAAUCCCAAAGUUCAAUGCUUGCUGAAUACGUAUGGGGCUUGUACAGAAACCUUGACACAUCGGAACAUUCACGUCAAGCUAAAUACAGGAAAGCAUAUUAAGUUUAAUCUUUAAUCCAUUGUCCUACUACUGCUGAAGCAAAAAAAUAAAUAUGU